UGUAUUGCUAAUUUACCUUGGUAGCGAUCUUCGUUGUUAGACGCGGAUGAUCGGACUUAACAUAAGUCCCUCAACUUCAAACGUGACAUCGCUAUGUUCGGUAAAGGUUAUUAUAACCUCAUGUUAGAUGCCUAGACGCUGUCGAUGUGCGUAUGAGCCGCAGAUACACAUGUAUAUCCAUUCUACAAGAUCAACAUAUCUCAUCAACAGAAAGAUAAUCAAAGUCCUAAGAUAAGAUGGCGCUACCAGACAAGAAGAUCGUUCUUAUUACAGGUGGUAACCAAGGAGUGGGCUUUGAGACAGCAAAGAACCUGAUUUUUUCGUCUCCAGACUACCACGUAAUCCUAGGCAGCCGAGAUAUCACCAAGGGCGAAACUGCCGCCAAGGAGCUCCAAGUCGUUGAAGGCGCCAAAGGCACCGUAUCGUCGACCCAGAUCGAUGUAACCAACGACGAGUCCGUCGACGCUGCCGCCUCCCGCAUCGCGUCCGAGUACGGACGUCUUGACGUCCUCGUCAACAACGCAGGCAUCGUCUCGAUAGCGCAGCCGCCAACACGCGCCGUCAUGCGCCGUAUCCUCGACACCAACGUAGUCGGGAGCCUCAGCGUAACCGAAGCCUUCCUGCCACUACUCCGACAGACCGCGCACAAGCCGGCGCGCCUCGUCUUCGUCAGCUCGAGCACGGGGUCGAUCACGCACGCGUCGAACCCGGCGUCGCCGCACUACGCGCCGGGCGGCGCGACGGAGUACCGCACCAGCAAGGCCGCGCUCAACAUGCUGAUGGCCCUGUAUGCCGCGCGCCUGCGGAGGCCCGAAGGCUCCUUCUACGUCUUCGGCGCCGACCCCGGCCUCUGCGCGACGAACUUCACGGGCGACCCGGCGGCGCUGAGGGAUAGGGGCGCGGCGGAGGCGUGGCAGGGCGGCGAGAGGGUCGCGAGUGUGGUUAAGGGCGAGAGGGACGCUGAUGUGGGGAGGGUGGUGGGCGUGUAUGGCGUGUCGCCUUGGUGAAUUUAAAUGUGGAGAUUGUGUAACCCCUUUUUUUCGCACCCCUACAAGGUAUUCGUCCGUGAUGUCUGCCCACAACUCUCCCUUCAUUAGACUGUCAACCUCCGCGAAACCGGUAAAGUAAUAAUAUGAGUUCUCUUCCUACGUGGCCAGUUCGGUUCUUCGAACCAUCGCGAUUUUGGCUAAACCCGGCCAAAUGAAUCCGGAGGUAUCGUGUCAGCAUAAAUACGGGUGACUUCAUAUUUUAUUUUAUUAAAAAGCUUCUUCGCUUUUGU